AUGUCAGCCCUUGACAUCUUGCGCGAGGCCCUGUCCGCACAGCAUGAUCUCGUGACCGACUGCGACACGGAUGCUGUCUCUGUCACCUCUACUGAUGCCGGCUCAGCAGAGCCGUUUUACACUGCAGACUGCAUCAUAGCCGAGAUACCAGAAGAGGAGAGCUGUUACCUCGUCAAGUGGGAAGACUGGCAGCUCCACGACUGUACCUGGGAGCCACCCGCGAACCUGGAGGGUUCGGACCUCGUUUCCAAUUGGGAGCAAGUGAAGCAAGAGCUGGGUGAAGUUGCCUUUCGACGCGAGAAUGAGGAGAACAUGGCGGCUUUUGAGAACGCAGUAGAAAGAGCCGGGGCAGCCAAAGAACGCAGGCGGGAGAAGCGGGAGAAGAAACGCCGAAGACUGAAACGACAGAGCCGUCCAACGAUUGUUCCUGACGACGACAGCAGCGAUGAAGAGCCUCUGGGCUUGGCACGGGCGAGGACUACCGGGGACGAGAGUUUGUUCGUGGAGGCUCAGGAACCGUCCGAUCCCGCUUCAUUGCUUGUUGGUGGCUCGCACGCGAGACAGCCUCCUGUGCCUCGCGCUGCACCCUUGCAACAGUCUUCUGAAGAAGAGUCCGGUGCUGAUGCACAGUCUUCUGACGACUCAUUGCUAGGUGAGCUGCAGAAGAAGACAAUCUCCCAGCGGAAGCUGGAUCGGAGUGUGUCAAGACCAUCAACAACUAUUUCCCUUGUCAAGCCAGAACACCUGAAGAAGACUGGGUCACUCUUCAAGGCUCCCAAGGCCUCCAAGGCGGACAUGAGUUCCAGUCCACGCGAUCGUGAAGGCAAAGCCAUUAGAGAGCAGGCCGGAACCGCUAAAAGCUCUGCCUAUGGGCCAUCGACGCAACGACUGACAAAUGCUAGUAUCUCUAACAAGCCAACAAUACAGCGAAAAGUAGCGGUUGAUAUCUCUGGCGCUAAAGAUCACGGCACUGUGAUGUCCACAACAGGUUCGAAAACUGCGGAUGUUCGUACUCCAAAACCAAACGCCAUGCGGGCUAUCAGGACUGCUCCACCAAAGCAGACAUCCCGUGCGAUUAGAAUCAUAGACCAGCCCAGAGAGCAGCAAAGAAAGUCAUGGUCGACUGACCAUCACUAUAACAAACUCAAAUUUCGAGGUAUCGCGGAGAGGCGGUCUCGCACUGAGGGGACGCCUGACUUCAACGAGCUUGAUUUUGUAAAUGGCCCUCCACCUACUCUUCCUAAGUGGUCUACGUCUGCUUCAACUGGUGAUCCUUAUGGACGUCGCGAUAUGACCAAUCGUCGGGUUUCCGAAGAAGAUCUCGAGGAUCGUCCACGACGCGGCACCGCGCAUGACCCGGCACCUCUAGCAGAAUGGGAGACCGACAAGAUCCCUCAAAUGUGCGCUUCAUGGAGACUCAGUAGUAACUGCCCUCACGGUCCGCAGAAGUGCCGUUUCAUGCACCGUGAUCUUGAUCCCAUGGGGCGACAGUAUUCCAUGGGUGAUAUAAACGGUUGGGUGCCGUUCAAGUAUCGCAAUCCGCCUAUCACAUGUCCAUUCUGGUACGAAGGGCGCUGUAAUAAGACACCUGAGCAGUGUAAAUACGCACAUGAGAACACAGGCUGGGCUGAACACAAUGGGGAGCCGAUUCGCAUUCAUCUUCUCCCAAAAGCUUCUACCACUAGUAAUGUCUGCGAUGUGCCGCCACAUUUGGUGCCAUUCAAGCAUCGAGAUCCACCAGUUACCUGUACGUAUUGGUUGAGAGAUCCUCAUGGAUGCAUCAAAUCACAAGAGGUUUGCAAAUAUGCUCAUUGGAACACGGGGUGGGCGCCUCCAGAGACUGACAACCGGGGCCAGCCUGUACAGAUAGUCCCAAGCAUGAGGCCUCGCGGAGGGCCGCCCAAGUACGCCGACCCACCCGUGACCUGCCCAUUCUGGUUGAGAGCAGAGCAAGGUUGCACCAAGCCAGACGACGAGUGCAGGUACGCUCAUCGAAAUACCGGCUGGGCCCCACCAGGGUUAUCCGCCCUUCAGGCCGAGAGAAUCGAUGGAAAUGCGCUGCCUUGCAGUCAGAGAUCUAAAUUCGGACAAACCGCAACCGGUCCCACCUUGCCCCAUACCAAUAGCGAUGGUCCAAAGAGGGCGCCUGAAUCUCAGAAGUCGCCGCUUUAUUCACAGCCCGGAUCGAAGGUGGCCAUUACGUGUCCUUCCUGGUUGAGAGAUACGGACGGCUGCCCUAAGUCUAAAAACGACUGCGAAUUUCAGCAUCGGAACACCGGCUGGUGCACACCCAAAAAUAGGCCCUUCGAUUUGCCGGUACCUUUGGAUCCCAAUCAAGUACCUCGCAGCGUUCUCGAUGCGAAGAGAGCCAGAACAGAGCCACGUUACGGAUCCCAACACCCAGAAGCAAAGAACAGCAACCCAUCAAUCACGUGUCGUUUCUGGUUAAGACAUCCAGAAGGCUGCAUAAAGUCUGCUCAAGCUUGCAAAUUCGCUCACGUAAACACUGGAUGGCUAUCACAGCCUGGUAAAUCUCGCCGCUCUGAAAAGCUCGAUCCUUUAGAGUUGCCCCGAUCUCGAAAACUCGAUCCAACACAGGUGACCAACGGUCGAAGUGAGCUGCCGGCACCGAAAUUGUCGCGCGCAGCGGCUGAGCCUGAUGUUGACACGCCCGAUCUCACCCCUGAAGGCGUUGAGAGCGAUGUGGCUCAGGCUUCUGCCUUGUUCGCGGCGCAAGGAGUCCCGCCAAUGCAGUCAUCGACCGUCACAGCAUCCUCUCAGCUGAGUCGGCAGAUCGAGCAGCUUUACAAGUUGAACAUGACCAAGAUGUUCGGCUCUAGCGUAACAAGCGACUACAUACUUGACCGAAAGGCAAUGCUGCUGUACCAUCCUGAAGAACACUCGGAAACUAUGGAAUUGAUCACGCGUUGGCUGUUGAUGCACAAAGUUGAAGUCGGAAAUCUUUGGUACGAUGGCUCCUGGAGUCACUUCCAGCAAGAAGUAGUGGAGGGAGGAUGGUCGGGCAUCAUCGUUGUGCAUCCGAACUUUGAACUGUACACCGGCCUGCCAGGCUUCGGUCAAGUGCUCAAGAACCAGAUACGUGUGUGGUCUGUAGGUCUGCAGCCGCCCUCUUACUUCGAGCCCAGAGUCUCGUUAACUCCAGCGGUAUUGCGACACGAUUGCAUCAAUGUCUUUCCCCAUGGCGGGUUUAUUUAUAUCACCGACGACGUCUUGGAGCAGACGCCGCAGCUGGUACUGAGCAUCGUGAAGCUCUUCUUUGCCAAGAUCGAGCAGCUGCGCAGCCUAGACGGACCGGCGUCGCCGUGGUACGAAGUGUACGACGCAUGCUUACUCUGGCGGCUUUGCGUCCGCCCCGAGCUGAUGGAGUACCUAUUCCAGAAAUGCCAGGACAAUACGGAUCCUGACCAUCCGAGAUCAAUCCCCCGAGGCUCCGAAUUUGGUUCUGGACAAGUACCCUAUCCUUUCCGAACGUCGCACCAUCGCUGA